UUUUCCAUUGCAGGCCUUGGAUUGGUAUAAAAGUAUUGCCAAAAAUAAAUUAAUACAUAAAUAAAUUUAAUAGCAACAAAACACAAACCAACAUACAUGAAUUAAAAAUACCAGUCAACUGAGUUAUCUGUAUAAAUUAUAAUAGCUUCAAUCUUCUUUCUGGUGUGAUCAGCCAUGGGAAAGGCUGGCAAAUGGUUAGUAAACUUUUUGUUAGGGAGAAAAGAUGAAAAAGCGAAGAGGAAGAACUUGUCCCUAUCUUUUGAAGAAGGGACUUUGAUUACAAACCCAUGUGCAACUCCAUCACCCUCAUCUUCGUUUAAACGGAGAUGGAGUUUCGGCAAGUUGUCGAGUAAAGAUUGUGCUCCUAAGAGUUCCCGGUCAUUCGAUUCUAUGACCGCAACUCCACUCGGAACGCAAGCUGUAUUCGACAUGGAGAUCCGGCACGAUAACAAGAACGUUUUUGCUAUGGCAAUGGCAAGGUAUACCAAAAGGAAAACAAAAGCAACAUAUGCAGCAGUGUUGCAUGCGGCGGCGACCCGGAUUCAGGCCGCCUUUCGUUCGUAUUUGGCAAGGAAAGCAUUGCAUGCUUUAAGGGGACUAGUAAAGUUGCAGGCACUGGUUAGGGGUCACCUGGUGAGAAAACAAACGACUGCAACUCUCCGAAGCAUGCAUGCUCUAAUGGCUAUACAAGUUCGAGCUCGGUUUAAGAGAGUCCAAAUGACUGAGGAAUCCCAACUUGCUGUUAAAUCCCAAUCAUCGAGAUAUGCGAGGUUUUCCCAUGAGAUAGAGUUCAAAAGAGCACAAAGAGAUGGUGUUAAUAUAAAUCUUUAUGAAAAUCAUGGUUUUAUGAAUCAUUCACGAAUGGAGAGGAUUGAGCAAGGAAUCCCCAGAUUUUACUCGGGAGAUCUUUCCAUCCCGAAGAGAGAACAUAAACGUGAGUUCUCAUUCACCACACACAACAGUCCCCGGCAUUCUCCUCCGAUGUCGAAGACGACACCGGCGAGAUCGUCUUUCAGUUCUCACGAUUAUCGUUACACGCCGAGUUACAUGGCGAACACACAAUCUUCGAGGGCUAAAGUCCGAUCGCAAAGCGAACCGAGACAACGGCCUGCACUGAACUUCAAAGCGAAAGGAAAAAGAACUACUCCAGCUGAAGAAAUGGAUGAAUACAUUCAACGAUAUUCGCCUUCGCAGUCGAUAGGCAUAGCUGAUGAGAAUCAAGAUCCAUGGAUUGUCAAACUUUAUCAAUCAACAAUUACACCAAAGAUGGAAACCACUUCUUACAAAUGAGGUAAGCCAAGAGUUUACUGAAGUAGGCUCAAGCUAUGUUGCUCCAACUUAGGGGGAGAGUUGUACCUAUAUUCAUAUCCAAAUAUAUGUUGGAUAUCGAUAUC